GUUGGUAUUUGGCGUAGUUUUAAAUGUCUUGCUCGGAUGGCUUACAUUUGGAUGGAUAGUCACCAUUUGAGUUAUUCAUUUUGAACACAGCACAAAAGCUAGCUGAAAAUGUUCCCAUGGAAUUCACCACAUCACUUUCUUAUUCGAUAAAAUUGUUGGAAAUAAGCUGUAGUCCAUUUCAUAUGUGGGCUACUCAGUGGAUAUGAGAAUACCAACGGCACAGAGAAUAUAUCGGAAUAGUAAUCAGUGUUUCUACUACGAUUAUUUAAAAUUCGCAUAUGCUAAUGCUGAUUUCUUUAAACGGAGACAAGAUCGCCAUGGCUUUCUACAUGUUAUAGGUCACAGAAAAGAAGGUCUUCCGACAUUCAAAUUUGUGGAACUUUAUCAUGGUGGACUGAGCACUUCUGUUGCUGUUUUCGUCUCAAGAAAUCGCUCUAAUGCUCGACCAUUAUCCCAAACAUCAGUUCCAAACGAAUGUUCCAGAUACAAGCAUUAUUUGAUAUUAUUGGGUCUGGCAGCGGGAUUAGUAAGCCUUGGAUCGUUGUGGUUAUACAAAGUAUUUGAACGAAGUUCAGGUUUACGAACCUUUGAAUCCCUGGAAAAGACACGCCAGCUGUUCAGUCCAGAUGAAUCAGAAAUCAAGAGACAAUAUUCAAGUAUGCAUAAUGACGACUGUGAUUUCAAACAAAGAACUUCCAGUUAUUCAGAAGAAACGGCAAGUUUAGUAGAUAUGCAAGUAGAUAGCGACCACUAUUUUGAUUCGUACUGUAUCCAUGCCGAUAGUGAAUUGCCUCUGAGAUCUGGAGAAAAUUUUCCAAAAAAAUGUAUCACAAGCGCUCAUAAUGUUACCACGAAUAACGUGAAUUAUGGGGUUCAGUCACCAUAUGACUCAAGUUCUUUAUGGAUUAGUGCAUCCAUGAAUUGUCCUCAUUAUGUUUCAGGCUCAUAUAAAAUCUGUACUAUUUGCUGGCUAAAUAUGCCUGACUACUGGCUUCAUGGUCCAACAUGGCGUUCUCAGAAUGGUCAAAUUAAUUCAAACCAAUUAUCGUUAAACACUGGCAUUCUAGGAUCUCUCAUAUGCUUACAGUUAAUUUAUAGAGCAAUAUAUUUAGCGCGUGAUAGUGUGAUAAAGCAAUCUAGCUGUACGCAUACUAGUCCUAUAUCUGCAUCGAAUGCAAUAAACAGUGAAUAUGCUGAUAGUUCGCAACAAUUGUCUGCUGCUCUUAAAUUUGAUAAUCAAUCUAAUAAAACCCUUACUCCUUUAAUAACAUCCCCUGUUAACUCAACCGCGAGUUCUGAUUAUCCACUCAUAGAACAUAAUAAAACACAAUUCCACAAUUCAAAAUCAGACCAAUCAAAUUGUUUGCUUCAUUCAGAAGUAAUCGGUUCAUAUGACAUAAAUUUCAAGAAAACCGGUAUAUGUGACAAUCAGCAACAUAACAGUGCAAAAUCUCUUUCUGCAUCUAUUGACAGUGUAUUGUUUCCAAGUAUGAAAGACGAGCAUACUGAUCAAACUUCUAUGGAUAUUGAAUUACCUGAUAAAGACUUUAUGCUGAAUUGCACUACUUCUAUGCUUACAGAUCAGUUAUUCUCAAAAGUCAUUGAAUUCCUCGACCCCAGACAAGUUGCUUGGUUAGACAACUCACCAGUAAGAAAAUCAUCUUUGAUUCAUCGUGUAUAUAGUGAUUCAGUGUUAGAUAAAAAAACAAAUAAAUCUCUUAAAUAUUUGUCAAAGAGAAAUUAUUACACUGCUCAAAAUACUACUGACCCAUCCAUAUAUCAUCGUUCACGUUUUCAUUCCAUUUCAAGUUCAUCUUCUGAUUCUUUUUCACGUUUAAAUACCGAUGACAAUGAAGGUUUAGAAUACGAUGAUAUCAUUUCUAUUUACACAAUUAAAGACAAAGUAAUGAAUGAUAAUAAUCACAAUCAAAUGAAUAUAAAACAUUAUAAUCGUGAUGGUGACAAUAAUAAAGAUGAGGAUGAUCGUAAUGAUGAGGACAGCGAAGAUAAAGAUGAACAUAUCCUUCAACAACUUAAUACAUUAUCUUCUUUGCUUAACACAAGGUCUGAUAAUUACUUUCAAAGCCAAUCAAGUGAAAUUUUAUCAGAUUUAAACAAAAGUACACAUAUUACAAAUACACCUGAUCAUUUAUUAAAAUCAGUCUCAUCAUCGUCAUCAUCACCAGGAAUAAAUAAAAAUCUUAAUAAUUUCUUACCCAGUAGUGAUUCUGAUACAAUCAAGUUCACUGAUCUUACUCAAAAAACGGUUGUACUCACAGAUGAAUUAAAAAAACUAAGUGAUACACUUGAUCGUUUAUUGUAUAAACUACAAGCUAAUCAAAUUCAAUUAGAUCAAGCUGAAGAUAAUUUAGAUUAUAUGUGGUAUUUGAGAGAUAAUUUAGUUGAUAAUUUUUCAUCAAAUACAUCUGAAUGUUCAACUGGAUUUGGUUUAAGUGAUAUUGAAACAAAAGCUUUACUAAAUGAUGUUGACAGUGAAAAUGGAAGUGAUGUUAAUGAACAUAAACAGACAGAUGAUUAUUGGUCAUCACAUUGUAGAAUGACUCAAUCAUCUACUCAUCCAAAUGAUUAUUAUCCUCCUGUCCAUGAUAUUUCUAGUUAUUUGUCUAGUUCAUAUGGAACACUUGAGAGUUCAUUUCACUCCGAUUUACGAAUAUCAAAUGAACAUCAUUCAUCAAAUUUAGAUUCAGGAUUAGAACAAUCAAUUAUUACAUGUUGUGAAUCAUACUGUCAUAUGAUUUCAUCAAUGCCAGAAAGAUAUUUGAAAAAUUCUCUUGAUUAUCAUUCUUCAUAUACUAGAUAUUUAUCAAAUUCGCGAAUUUUCAAAAAUCAUUCACUUUCAAAACAUUCACGGUUUAAAAAACGACGCAGUCAUGCUAGAAGAAAACGAUUGUCUACUAAUGAGAAUAGUUAUUUUUCUACGAAUGUUCUUCCUGAUUCUGAUGGUUUUCUACAUCCAGAUCUUACGUUUGAAAAUGACGGUCCGUUGGAAUGGUCCGAAACAAUGAAUGUGAAUCCAUAAUGAAUGGAAUUAGAGUUUUGUUGACUUGAUUAAUAAAAUUUAAUCAUGGUUCUUCUUUUCAAACAUCCUUUCUAAAACAAAAGAAACAUUGUUACUUAACGAAUUCAUAACUAAUGUCUUUCAAAGUUUGAUUUGUUCUUUUUUUUUGUUUUAACUCACAUGUUUUUCUCAAUUCUAUUGUGUACAUACCUACAACGUAUAGCCUGUUCAAUUUUUGUUUUAUCUUUCAGUUGUGAACUAUUUAUACUCUUAUUGAUUUAUUGAAGCUUAAUUUUACUGGAACUUAUUUCUAAAAUUGUAUGCUACUUCUUAUUAUUAUUCUUUUGAUUUCAGCCAUUGUCAAUGAUAUGACUUGGAAAGUAUGACGUAUGUUUAGAUAUUGAUUUCAAUCGGUCAGUUUUCAGCCGAAAUCGUUACAUCAUCAUCGUCAUUUAUCAUUUCCCCUAUCAUAUGUAAUUGAUAUUGUCAUCUUACCCCCCGUUUAUAUUUUCUAAUUUUAUUUUUCUCAAUGGUUUCUGGCUCCAUUUUCUGUGAUUAGUUUUCUAGAUAUCAUCUCGUUUAGUACGUUUAUUUCUGAGAAUGUAAAGACUGGUUCAUAUUAUAUAUAUAUAAUUCAUUGUAUGUCUAUGUUUUGACUAUUGCUUUAACCUAUUUUAUAUUUGUGUUAGAUAAUGAAUGUGAUUUUUUCAAAGUGUAACAUCCUGUUGUUCAAUUUUCCACAGUUGGAACAAGUAUGUGUAUAUUUGUGGCAUAAGCAACAAAUCUACCAACUGUAUGCAUAUGUUCUUUCGUUUAUUUAAGUGCUGUUGAUUUUAUUGUUAAUUUUCGAGAUUUAUUUUACAAUUUUGAAUCAACAACUAUUUCGAUUUACUGAAAUGUUUAUUGGAAAAUUGUUCAAACAUGGAGUUGUUUUUGGUUGUUGUUCUUGUUGGAGAUGACUUGUAUUUGCAUUUAUAAGUAGAACGUUGUAUUUUCACCCCUUUUACCUUCAUACAAUGUGCAUAAAUAGUUUAUUUGCCUAUUUACCUUCAUAUAUAUAUUUUUAUGUAUAUUACUGCUAAUCGCGCCAGUAUUCAUAUUCUAUAUAUUUGUAAAUCAGUGAAAAGUUUGAAUGGAGGUCAUAGAAUAACUUCUUUGCGCUGUGACAGUCAUUUUUCCUAUUUGAAACCUGUCACAGACACUAUUGUUCACUAUGCUUAAUCGUCGAAAUAAACACUAUUGAAUUUGAUUUCGUUACUGUCAUCCCUUUAUGCCUAGUUAAAUAGCAAUUCAAAAUAUCGUAUUAUUUGCUUUCAUAUAUGUAACAACGAUUUAACUAACAGCUUAGUUGCUUUUAAUUUAUUGAUUAGAAGAAUUGAAAUUGGUGA